AUAUUUACACAUGUUUUUUAUAAAUUCAAUGCUGCCAUUAAAUAAUUUUUUUUUAACAUAAUUCGAAGUUUAUCAUGGCUAAUUUGGUUUUUUGCUAUAAUAAUUUUCGACAAUUUAGCCGAUUAAUAAAUCGACAAUUCUUUUCAUUCAGUAAAAAUACUGAAUCACAAUGUUUAAAACGAUUCACGCCGACAACAACAAUAAUUCAUUUACAAUCUAAACGUAAUUUGUUUUCCGAUGAAGUACUUGGUGUUGAUCGUUUUGUACAAUUACGACAACAAAUUAGUCAACGUUUUGGUCAACAAAAGCAGAUAUUUUUUGAUCGUCUUACCGAACAUAUUGCCGAUGAAAAGAAUGCAAUUCUAUCGGAAGACCUAAAAAAUCUUCUUUUUCUUUGUGAAAAUUCGGAUAAUCAUAUCGAUCUAUUACGGCGUACAAUCGAUAAAUUUGAAAAACAAAAUGAAUCAUUACGUUUUGGUUUAUUUCAAUUCGGUCCGAUUGUAAUGCGUUUAGCUAGACAUCUGAACAAUGUCGAUAUGGCAAUGUGGAUUUUUAAUCCGAAAUAUAAAAAUUUUUUCACACAAAUCAGUUCGGUUACAAUAGCUAUGGAUAUUCUUUUGGAAAAUGGCCAUUAUCAAGAUGUAAUAAAAUUAUUUGAUUAUGCAACAACAAAAUUUGAUUUUGAUGUUAAAUAUCCAAUCGAUUUUGUUGUUUUAUAUUUUGCUGCCUGCUAUAAAUUGAAUACAGUCGAAUCAUUUGAAUCGGCUUUUCGUGUAUUACGUUCAAUACAAAUGUCAAAUGAUCAUCAAAUAAAAUUACGUGGUCUUUAUUGUUUCAUUGCAUUAGCCAUAAAACAAAAUCAUCCAAAUAUUGCAUUAGAAAUUAUACAGAAUUUAAAUUCAAAAUCAAUGAAAUCAAUGAAUAUUAUUAUACAAAGUUUACGUUUAUUAGCAUUAUCACGUAUUAAUCGUUUGAAUGAUGUAGCUGAUAUUAUUCAAUUUCAAUUGAAUAAAGAUAAACCGAAAAAAAAUCAAAUUAUAUUCAAUGAUGUUAUGAUUGAAAUUCGUACGGUAAUCGAAAAAAGCGGUAAACCAGAAUUGAUUGAAAAAAUUAAUGGAUUAAUAAAACAAUUAGAAGAAUCGAAUAUGAUCGAAAUGAAACGUGCAUUGGAUGAUGCACUAAUGUCGACCAUAAAUUUUCAACGGCAAAGAAAAUUUCCGAAUCAACAAUCAACCAAUGAUGCGGAUGGUGGUGAUGUUGAUACCGAACAACAACAACCACGACCACGACAACAAUGGAAUAGAUAAAUGAUGAAAAAACAUUAUUAAUUUGUUUGUUUUAUAGAAAAAGAAAUUAAAAUUUAUUUUUCAAUUUUUGUUAGUGAAAAUGAAA